AGCAUUUGUGACCUAGUUUGUCGUGUGAUUAACUAUGCGGUUUUAAAUAACUGAAUUUUGCAAAUCUUACUUAUUUUACCCUGGACGUCCAUCAGAACGCACAUCAUGAGACGCGUAGGCGUGGUGGGAUAUGGACAUCUAGGAAAGUUCCUUGUUGAGAAGAUCCAGGAACACCCAGAGUUGGAGCUAGCUUUUGUAUGGAAUAGGUCUCCAGCAGCCUUAGAAGGAUUCCCAAAGGAUCUGGUCCUACAGGAUUUGAAGGAUUUUAAAGAAAGAAAUGUGGAUCUUAUUGUUGAGGUGGCCCACCCUGACAUUACUCGCCAGUGGGGACCCAUAUUCCUACAGGAGGCAGACUACAUGAUUGGCUCCCCAACAGCUCUAAGUUCACAAGAACUUGAGACAAGUCUAAGGACAGCUGCCACUAAGCAUGGUCUGUAUGUUCCCAGUGGGGCAUUCUGGGGGGCUGAGGACAUCAAGAAGAUGGCUGACAGGGGAACUUUACAGAACCUAAAGGUCACAAUGACCAAGCAUCCAACAAGCUUCAAGCUGAAUGGGGACCUGAAGACCAAAAACGACCAAGUCAAGGACACCAAACUCAUUCUGUAUGAUGGACCUGUGCGAGAGUUGUGUCCCCUGGCUCCUAACAAUGUGAACACGAUGGCAGCAGCAGCUAUUGCUGCACACAAUCUGGGAUUUGACAAAGUGUCUGGAUCUAUUGUAUCAGACCCUCAAAUGACAGACUGGCACAUUGUAGAAGUGGAAGUCUGGGGACCCAAUGGUUUUAAUGUAAAGACAACCAGGAGUAACCCUGCAGCGGUCGGGGCGGUCACCGGAACAGCCACAUAUGCUUCCUUCCUCAGCAGCAUGCUGGGUGCAAAAAGUAAAGGUGCCGGUGUUCACCUCUGUUAAUGAAGAAAGAAGUGAUCAAACAUUGAAAGACUUCUAUCAUUGCUGUUUCAUAUCAAAAGUCAUGCAUUCCAAAGAAUGCUGCAAUUUGUUUAUUGGAAUCUCUUAUAUUGAAAUAAAAUUUCAAUGAAAAACCUCU